AUGGUCUCACUAGCUGAGAUAGACAAGACACUCAGAGAAUUCUGGGAAAUAGAUGUCGGUAAUGAUACAACUCAGGAGCUAGAACAAGAAUGUGAGAGUCACUUCAAAGAAACUCAUAGUAGACUCCCAGAUGGUCGUUACCAAGUCAGACUGCCUUUCAAAUCAGACAAUGAGUUGCAGCUUGGGAACUCAAGAGGACAAGCCAUUGCCAGAUACCUAUUUAUGGAAAGAAAAUUCAACACCAACCCUGAACUCAGGUCUGAGUACAGUAAAUUCAUGCAAGAAUAUGAGUCACUCGGACACAUGACGAUGGUUCCAGAUUACUUAGGGCCACCGCAGAAAGUUUACUAUCUUCCGCACCACGCUGUCUUCAAGAUGGAUAGUACAACAACCAAGGUCAGAGUGGUAUUUGACGCCUCAUACAUUGAAAAAAUGUUCAGGCAGAUCAGUCUUCAGGAAGAAGAUCGAGACUUCCAUAGAAUACUUUGGAGAGAAAAUCCAAGGGAAGCUAUCCGGGAAUACCAGCUCAACACUGUCACAUACGGCACUGGCCCAGCAACCUUCCUGUCGGUUAGAGUUUUGAAACAAUUGGCAAUGGAUGAAGGUCAUAAAUUCCCAAAAGCAGCAGCAGUUCUCCAAUGA